UCUAUAGGAGGCCUGUCUGUGGGAAACCUGUCUUUAACAUCUCAGACCAUCCAGCUUAAAUAUUUGACACCACCGUACGAGGAGUUAAACAGCAGCAAGCAUGUAGUUAAUCUUCUGUGAGACACAGCCAGAGGCUUCAAAGUGCUGCCCACCGGCCGCCUCUUGGCCACUUUGGAGCUCCUUCCUACACGGAGCAAACUUCCUCCUGGAGAUGGAAAUAUCAGUCCUGGCCAAGAAGCUGUGGUGUGUCCACAAACAGCUGAUUCUCCUGAUCACGCCACUCGUGUUUUUGCCUUUAAUUUUUGCGCUUCCAGAAAAGGAGGGAAAAUGUCUGUAUGUGGUGGUGCUGAUGGCCAUGUUUUGGUGCACAGAGGCCAUGCCUCUGGCCGUCACUGCCAUGCUUCCGGUCUGUCUCUUCCCAACGCUGGGAAUCCUUCCAUCCAAAAUGGUCUGCCCUCAGUACUUCCUCGAAACCAAUUUUCUUUUCCUCAGUGGUCUUGUGAUGGCUUCAUCCAUCGAGGAAUGGGGCCUGCAUCGUAGAAUAGCCUUGAAGGUCCUUAGUAUUGUUGGUGUAAAACCAGCCUGGCUGAUACUGGGGAUGAUGCUCACCUCCUCCUUCCUGUCCAUGUGGCUCAGUAACACAGCUACAACAGCCAUGAUGCUGCCCAUCGCCAGUGCCAUCCUGGAGAGCCUGUUCGGGGAUCUGGAGAGCCUGAAGCAGAGGAGCAAAUCCACUGAGGACUCAAACACUGAUAUAAUACAUGGUCAGUCUACUGUAAAGCUGCAUUCACUGCCCUCAGUGCCCUCGGAAAAACAAAUGCUGUCAAUUGAUGAAAUUGAGGGGACGGAGCAGAAUGACAUGAGGACGGCUGAGGAGAUCCAACAAGAAGCCGAAUACCAGCUGAAAGUAUGGAAAGGAUUCUUGAUAUGCAUCCCUUAUGCAGCCAGUAUCGGAGGCACGGCCACCCUGACUGGCACUGCACCCAACCUCAUCCUCAUCGGACAGCUGAAAAGCUACUUUCCAGACUGUGAUCUCAUCAAUUUUGGCUCCUGGUUUGCAUUCGCUUUUCCACUCAUGCUUCUCUUCCUGGUGUUGGGAUGGGUGUGGAUUGCUUUUCUCUACGGAGGACUGAAUACACGAUUGUGCUUUAAAAAGGAGGAUCGAAGAGCACAAGCUGAGGCCAGAGCCAAAGCUGUAAUAGAGGAAGAUUACAGAAAACUAGGGCCCAUAAAUUUUGCAGAGGGGUCGAUUGCGUUCUUCUUCGUAUUGUUUGCCAUCCUCCUGUUCACCAGAGAUCCAAAGUUUGUCACAGGCUGGUCUGUGUUUUUUAAAAAAGGGUAUGUUUCAGAUGCUGUCACUGGUGUGAUCAUUGUGUCCAUAUUGUUCUUCUUCCCCUCACAGAAACCAUCUCUCAGCUGGUGGUUCGACCCUCAAGCUUCGAAUACUCGCUAUGUUCCUCUUUUAUCAUGGAAAAAAGCCCAGGAAUCAGUUCCGUGGAACAUUAUUCUGCUGCUUGGAGGUGGCUUUGCUAUGGCCAAGGCUUGUGAGGAGUCAGGACUCGCCUCCUGGAUCGGAGGCCACCUCCAGCCUUUGGCCGAGGUCCCUCCUGCUGCAGCUGUGAUGCUGAUCACAGCUUUCCUCGCCUGCUUCACGGAAUUUGCCAGCAACACAGCCACUAUCAUCAUAUUUUUACCCGUCAUUGCUGAACUGGCUAUUCAUGUCUCCAUUAAUCCACUUUACUUCAUGAUACCAGCGACAGUAGGGUGUUCGUAUGCCUUCAUGCUUCCAGUGUCCACACCGCCUAACUCCAUCGCGUUUGCAUCAGGGCAUCUCAUGGUCAAAGACAUGGUAAAGACAGGCUUCAUCAUGAACAUCCUGGGUGUCCUGUCCGUCUCUCUGGCUAUGAACACAUGGGGCAUGGCCAUGUUUAACCUAAACACGUAUCCAGAUUGGGCUCAACCCUUCAAUAAGUCUGUGGUUGUGGGUGAUGAGCAUGUUUCAUCUGUCCAGUCACUCAAUGCAACUCUCUGAUCAUUCUCCUCAUUUUAGCGUAAAGACAUAUCAAGAGGCUUUAGAAAAGGUUCGACGAUGAACCUGUGUGUGUGUCAGUAAAAAGUCAGAAAACUCUGGGAGCUUCAUCUGUUACUAUCAUAAACUUUUACCUUUUUUACUCAAAUGUUGAGGAUUUAAUGCAGUGAGUAAUUAGUUUUGGUGCAGGUGCAUUUCACUACAUGUUCGGAGUGUUCAUCUUAAAAGCACAAAGGAGUAACAUUAUUUCACCCUUGACCUUAAAACUUGAGUGGAGAAACUUUCAACCUCAACCACAACUUCAACAGAUCGACCUCUGAUUCUCAGAGGUUGUUGUUGUUGUUUUUUAAUAUAUAUUUGGAAACUCCUAUCAGACUGCAGAGUGAGCUGCUUGUAAUGAUACCAUGAUGAUCUCUGCUGGAAGAUUGAGAGAAACUGUGAAUAAUUCAUUUAAAGUAUAUUUCUAUUUGGAAAUCAGUGCUUGUUUAUAUAUUAUAUGGUACAUAUUGAGUUGCCAAAGCUUUGACUUGAAUGUAGAUGAAAUAUAUAAAAUCUCUUCUAUUCUGAUCAAUGAAUAUGUACAUUUUGUUAUUGUGAUUUGCAUGAACAUAACUACUGCUGCACAUCAGAAUAAAUGGUUUAGGGUUUGUUUUAUAAUUAAUUAAAUUUGUUUAGUUUGUCUUUUUGAAUAAAGUUUUAUAAAAAC